CUCUAAUAACCAAGUUACCGGGAGAGAGAGAGAGAGAAAAGUCUGGAAUUCUCUCAUCCCUCAUUUGUUCUAGUCCAAUUCGUCCCCGCUGGGAGGACUAAGAUGGCGCAGGGGCAGGGAGUCGUGACGCAUUUCCUGUGAAAGUCCAAAGCCGAACUCAUUGCGCUGCGCGCGCAGCCAGACGCGGUGAGUCAGGCAGAGCCGGAUCAGCAGCGGGAAAAAUGGCGGAGAACGACAGCUGGGAUGCUGAUGACUUUGAGGCAGAAGAUCUAAAUCAAAAGGGUGCUGCGUCAGGCCCCGUGAUAGUAAAGGAUCGCUGGGAGGGAGAGGAUGAAGAGGAAGAUGUUAAGGAUAAUUGGGACGAUGAAGAGGAGGCACAGGAUGCAACUAAACAAGAGCCACAGAAAACAGAGCUGAAGGUUCCAGAAAAGAAGAAAUUACAAGAAAAAAUAAAAGAAAAAGAGAACUUGCAGAAAAAGAGGAAGGAAGAACUGAAAAAGCAGGCAUUGGAGUCUUCAAACCUACCGGAGAUCACUCCAGAGGAACAGUUGGCAGAAAAGCUUCGCCAACAGAAGUUACAGGAGGAUUCUGACUUAGAAUUAGCAAAGGAGGCUUUUGGAGUCAAUGUUCCGGUUACUGGAAUAGAUGCCAUGAAUCCGUCCACACGAGAAGACUUUACGGAAUUUGGGAAGCUCCUUAAAGAAAAGAUAACCCAGUAUGAGAGAUCGUUAUAUUACCCUGGCUUCCUGGAGGCCCUUGUGCGGGACGUGUGCCUCUCGUUGGAAGUUGAAGAUCUCAAAAAAAUCAACAGUUCCCUAACAGUGCUGUGCUUUGAGAAACAAAAGCAAGAGAAGCAGCAAACUAAAACCAAAAAGAAAAAGAAGGGAGUUGUUCCAGGAGGAGGAUUAAAAGGCAACAUGAAGGAUUAUCUAGAAGAUUAUGGGGGCAUGGAUGAGGGCUAUGGACGAGAGUUUGACGAUUUCAUGUGACAUGCUGGUUCUUUGUGGCCCUCGUUAAGGAGUGCUCUCUCCUCCCUCAGGACUCUGCCAAAUGCUACAGUCAAAGAAAUCAUCCCCCAAUUCAUCAGGCUGUCUAUAUAUAUUUAAAAAAAAAAAAAAAAAAAACAAUUGGCCAUGGUGUGUGACUGGAUUCUACUUGGUGGUUGAUGCCCACAUCACACAUUAAACAAUUAACCUAUGCAGCUCUUUUCAGCACCCCUUUAACUCAAGGCCUACAACCUUUCCAUCUCUGCUUGUGGCUUGUACCUUCAACUCUGCCAUGUUGCAAACAGUGAUCCCUGCUUUCUGCCUAUGAAUAUAGUCUCUCUUUCUCUGGGCAGAAUAUUAAAUCUUUUUCUUCUGGCUCUUUACUUCCUGCCUCAUUGACACUGCCCUCCCGGCCAUCUUGGUUUUUUUUAUAUUGGUUUCUUAGCUUUGUGCUGGAGGAAUCUCCUGCUAUGAACUGUGAUUCCUGGUGGACUCUGCUUGGUGCUUUUCCUUAUUAAAACCAUCUUAAAUCACCUACAGUCUGUGGAACUGUGAAGAUGCAGGAGAAGGGUAAGGAGAUAGCGCUGGUGCAUCAGACUAUGUGCUGCCUUCUGUUUUUGAAGUGAAAACAAAACUGCCAGUUAUAAAAUGUGUGUCACCGAUGAGAUUGUGGCCAACUAUCAAUUCUUGAUGGCUCUGCUGGAGGGGAGGGAUAUUUAUUCAGUGAUUGCGUGUCCGUGUGGCUUCACGAUUGGUUAAUUGCUUUUUGACUCUCGCUCCAAGGUUCAAGGUCUGGCCCUUUCUUUUUAAACUUCUGCUCACCCACUGGAUGGCGCUUUGCAAGCAGGUCCCUACGGGAGAAUUGUUAUAUUAACAAUGAGACUGCAAUGUUUGUUUUAUAAGACAACUAAUUUAAUAAACUCAUCCUUGUGACAAGAUU